AUGGCCAAGCUCCACAAAUCACAGCCCUCGCUUUUUGUCGACCCCGUCUAUUCAUCAGCAAUUACACUCCUCAUCAUAGUUAUGGCGUGCGCGGAGCUCUGCGACGCUGUCACGGUGGUCGACGUGUACCGCCUUGUCCAGUACGAUCUCGCCGGCAUGCCUUUCGGGUCGCGGUUCGCUGCUCUUAACCACCACGCCGGCUCCUCGUUGUACUCGUCAUCCGCCGGCGCGGCAGCUGAUCUUUCCCGCACCGUGCUUAUCCUACCUGUCCGCGAAUUGAAUCUCACUUCCAUUAGAGAUUAUAUUGAACAGAGGAAGCCAUUAGGUGGUCUCUUACUUCUACUUCCCCAAGUUUCUAAUCCACGACAUUUGGACGAGGUUGGUGGGUCUGAUCAGGACUCUGCACACGUUAUUAAGGAUAUGAUAAUUAAAGUGGAGCGGUUGCUUGUACAUCAAAAUAUCCCUUAUCCUGUUUACUUUGGUUUUGAAGAUGAGCAUGUUAAUGCUAUGCUUCAUGAUGUCAAGAAGAAUGAUGCUGCUGGUCAGCCGACAACUGCGACAACUGGCGGAUACAAGCUUGUAGUUGCUGCACCAGAGCCCAGGAAAGUUGCUUCUCCUUCCAUUAUAAAUAUUCAGGGAUGGCUUCCAGGAUUGAAAACUGAUGGAGAUUCUAAUCAACUACCUACUAUAGCUAUUGUGGCAUCGUAUGAUACAUUUGGAGCUGCACCAGCAUUGUCUGUAGGAAGUGAUAGCAGUGGUAGCGGUGUUGCAGCACUUCUGGAAAUAGCUAGAUUAUUUUCCAUUUUGUAUUCAAACCCUAAGACAAGAGGAAGAUAUAAUUUACUCUUUGCCCUGGCAUCAGGAGGACCUUAUAACUACAAUGGAACUCACAAGUGGCUUCGUAGCAUGGAUCAGCGUUUGCGUGAGACCAUUGAUUAUGCUAUAUGCUUGAACAGCAUCGGCUCUUCUAGCAAUGAGUUAUGGCUUCAUGUGUCCAAGCCUCCAGAAAACGCCUACAUAAAACAAAUAUAUGAGGGUUUCUCUAGCGUGUCGGAAGAAUUGGGGCUAAAAGUUGGACUGAAGCACAAGAAGAUCAACAUCUCUAAUACUCGAGUGGCAUGGGAGCACGAGCAAUUUUCAAGGCUGAGAGUCACGGCGGCAACUCUCUCUAAACUCUCUGUUGCGCCCGAUUUCCUGGAGAGCACUGGCAGCUUAUCAGAUAACAGAAAUUUCAUCAAUGAAGUUUCGAUAAUUCGAAGUGUCAAAAUAGUUGCUGAAAGUCUUGCAAGACAAAUCUAUGGUCAGCAGGGAAAAAAUGUUGAUAUUUUUGCAGAUCAUAGUAGUUUAUCCAUAAAUCCUUCUCAUAUACGUUCAUGGGUAGAGUUUUUGUCAACAACACCUCGAGUGGCUCCAUUUCUAUCAAAAGAUGAUCCUCUUAUUGUGGCAUUUAAAAAGGAAUUAUCGGAUCACACUAUUGAAGUGAUUGUACAGCAGGAACCAUUAGAUGGGGUGUUCACUUUUUAUGAUUCAAUUAGCGGCAAGCUACAUAUCUAUCAGGUUGCAAGCGUGACUUUCGACUUGGUUUUGCUGCUUGUUGUGGGAUCAUACUUGAUUCUACUUUUCAGCUUUUUGGUUAUCAUCACCAGGGGUCUUGAUGAUCUUAUUAGUCUUUUCCGGCGACCCACUUCCCGCAAAGUCAAAGCAGCCUGA